UAUACUUUAUAACUAUUCUCUUUAGUAAAAAAGUGCUGUGGCAGAUCACAUACACGAACGCUAAGUGUUUCUCUUACACAUGGUUGCUAAGUUAGCUUGUUCAGUUUCGUUGUCCUUUAAUCGCGCUUAAAUAACAGUAUUGACCACAGAAUUAGCAAAUAAUCUUGAUUAAUCAGCGUUUAGAGGAAGAGGAGGGGCAGAUGCAUUAUCACAGUGGUAAAAAACGCGAGUCAGGAGAUUUUUGUAUCCUAGAUACUCUAAAUAAGCAUUCUGUAAUGUAUUGGAGAGCAGACAGUAAAAGGAAUGAGGAGUCUGUUGAUUUCCCUCAUUAUGGAAUUGUGAAGAUACUUGCUUUUUUCAAAUUAUGGAAGACCAAAGACAAAAUAAUAUGUCCAUUGUGCUGUGUUUCCUCUGGCAGGAUGAGCAAAAGUCAAGAGCAAGAUGAAUUCAUAGCUGUGAGGGUUCAGGAUCCUCGUGUUCAGAAUGAAGGGUCAUGGAACUCAUAUGUGGACUUCAAGAUUUUCCUUCAUACAAACAGCAAAGCAUUCACUGCCAAAACAUCCUGUGUGAGGCGGCGAUACAGUGAGUUUGCUUGGCUGAAGAAAAAACUGCAGAAGAAUGCUGGUCUGGUGCCUGUUCCUGAGCUGCCAAAAAAGUCUAUCUUCUCGUUUAUUAAUGACGACUUCAUUGAAAGGAGAAGAAAGGGUCUUCAGGGCUUCUUGGAUAAGGUGCUGCACAUGACAGUGUGCCUGUCGGAUAGUCAGCUGCAUCUUUUCCUGCAGACCCAGCUUCCUGUCAAGCACAUUGAGGACUGUGUGCAUGGUCACACCCCUUACACUGUUACUGAGGCCAUUCUAAGUUAUGCUUCCUCCAACCGUGGAUGGGUGCAGGAGGAAGGGGGCGCUGACCAAGAAUUAUGCUCCACCACUGUGUCAUAUGAAUCCGUAGAAAGCCCUGUUCCUCACCUUCCUUCAUUACAAAGUCCAGGAGCCUUAUCUAGUGGACCUCCAAAUGAACUUACAGAUGCUUCAGAGUUGAGACUGAGUGAUACAGAACAGACUGCAUUGAAAACCGAUCAUGAACAUCUACCUGAAGAAAAACAGAGUUACAUUAAACUAGUUGUCGAGGUCCAUCCAAACCUUCAAGGUUCAGUAGAAACGGAGGAAGACAGUACGACCACUGAAUCAGAAGAUGCGGAAAUACUCGUUAAGGACACCAAAUAUCCUCAAACAUAUAAUUGUGAGUCUCCUGCUCCACAGAUAGACGGGAGUCUCGAAGACAAGCCACUGCAAAGAGAAAAACCCAGUAAAAAUAAUUUAGAUCAAGAACCAUCUUUUGGUGAAGAUUUAGUUGACAAUACCUCAGUAGAUAAGGUCAUAGAGAGAGGAACUCUUGAUAAUGUCAAUGAUGCAAUGAAGGGAAAUCAAGAAGACAGCACUGUGGGACAAACCUCUGAUGAGAAUAUUCAUGAAGAAGAUCCAAGAGUAAGGAUCCAAAAUAAUGAAGUAACUCUAGAUCUCAGUGCCAUCCAAGAAGACAAGGCUGAGAAUGUACCAGAAACUGCAGUUACAACAAUGGAGGAUGUUGCACUGCAAGUAGAGUUAACAGAGAACCAUACGAUCCAUGAGAAUGGAAUCAGUGAUGAAGACUACAGUGCAAUUCAGGAAGAGGCUGUGACUGAGAAAGAGGAUCAUGUUGGCGAGGUUAACAAGCUCAAUGCAAAAUGCCUUCAAGCCAGCAGUGGCAUUUUAAUACUGGAGGGAAUUGAGGAAGCAGUUAGCACACAAACUGCUCCCGUGACAGAAACCGCCAGCAACCUUGAUGCAAAUACUGCUGAAGUCAACACGCUUGUUUUGAAAGCCAUCGAGAUGGAUGCCGUUCAGUGUCAGGAGACAGAUAGUCAGGUCAUCAUCGCUACCCAGCAGCUAGAUGCCAAGUAAUUACCAUUCACAUUAGUACAGCCAUAGUGUUCAAAGAGUCCCACCUCCAGAUGUUCCUCAGUCGACACCGAUUUAAAAUGUGAUUUGAAUGAACGAGUACAUGUAUCUGUAGGAACGCAUCUCAUUUUUCUGCAUUGAUCUACUAUUGAUGUGUUCAGUUACAGGCUGUUUACAGAAGAUACACUGAAUGAUCAGACGGACUGUUGUUAUUUUUUUCUUCCCCUACAAACAAUGUGAACAAACAGAUAAUGCACUCGCUCGCGUGCCAUUCAGGAUUGUAAGCAAAUUGCACUUGCAAAACAAAUAGUUCUGAAUCCGUAGUAGCAGAAACAGGAACUGUACAAAGAGCAGCACUAUGGCACCUUUAUUCUAAUAUGAUUUUACCAACUUUACAGUCAAGUGACAAUUACUUCAAGACACGCGCUGAUCUAUUUCAGCAUUUUCGCAACACAAUUUUUAAUGACUUGUCACUUUCCAAGGCACUUCCUUUUUCCCCCUUCAGUGAUACAUGCACAUGUCUGCUUUACAGUAACUUUAGGCAAUUGGAAGUGCAAGUAAUCUGAAAAAAGAGGAUUCUGUUGUCAUUUACAUGAACACAAGAUGUUUGGAUAAAUGUGCUUUUCUGUCUAAUGUCGUUUUCAAAACUUCAAAAACUGUUUAACCCCUUGACUUUCAGUGUCCAGUGGGAUUCUAAUGUUUGCUUUACUUUAUUGCAAUUGAAUCCUAAACCAAUGAUGAAAAACUAUAUAUUGUUGGAAAGGUUGCAGACUACUAAAUACGUAUUUUACCACUUUUUUUACCCAUUCAAUUUUUUAAACCAUAAUAUUUUAGUCUAAACAAAGCAAUAAUGACGAACUAUAUAUUAUUUGAAAGCUCUGAAUUUCCAGUUUCCAUAUAUUCCAUCAUGGAAUUAGAUUAGAAUUGCGAUAUUUUAUUCAGCAGCAAUAUAUAUUGCGAUGUGAAUAUAAUCUCUCUAUAUAAUUUGAAAAGCUCCAUUUGGAAAGAUUGUUAAUUUUUUUUCUUUGCAGUAAAUCUGCAUAAAUUAUAAUAAAUUAAAAGCAAAUAAAGUAUAAAAGUGAAAUAAACAGUGCUUUAUGAUUUUCUGGGGAAUGUAGCAGUAUUCAAUUAUAGAAAUUGAACAAUCAAAUGUCAAAUAACAUGGUCAUCAUUGUAUAAAUAUAUAUCUUUAUCUUUUAAUCUUUCAUAAAUAAUUUAAUCCUGUGAUGUGACUAUUGCAGAUAUACACAUUACGAUGUUGAUGCACAAAUGAUAUAUUGUUUAGCCCUAUAUGCUACUAUAUUCUGUUUAAACAAAAAUUACAAAAUUAAACUGUUAGGAAACUCCAAAGAUAACACCCAUUUUAUUUUUUAUGUUAUUUUUUUAGAAAAAAGGAUCCAAUCACAUUUUAAACAUGGAAAAAAAUAUAAUUUGUUGAAAUAUUUUGCUUUGAUUUUAGGUAAAAACGUUUUGUUUGAUAAAUAUUUUAUGUAUUAUAUUAAAAUGUAUUUUUGUUUUAUUAUAUUCAUAAUUUUAAAUGUACAUAAUUUUGAUUGAACUUUUUAAACAUUAAUUUCGCUUCAGCUACAACCUGAAUUUUUGCAACAAUUUAAGUUUUAAGUCAUCAGUUUUACAUCUCUGUGCUCCAUAACUGACAGCUAAGGGGUUAAACAUUCUUCAAAAUACCUUCAUUUGUGUACCACAGAAGUAGUCUGCAAUGACAUGCAAGCAAAUUACAACAAUUGUUAUUUUUGGGUGAAAUAACCCAUCAACACAAUUAUACUAAUAUUGUUAAAAUCCUAUUAUCUUUUCAGGGUGGUUGUUCAGGUCUUAUGUGGAAUAAAAUGUUUAUUUAUGGUUUAAUUCAUGCUCAUAACACUAAAUUCUAUAAAGAAGCUAAUGGAAAAAAUGACAGUACACAUUGCAGUAUGACAAUGGUAAUAUACUUAAUUUUCCCCAUCCAAAAUAAUAUUGCAAUAAGUUGGCUGUUCAUUGACUGUUUGAAUCUAUUGUGCUGUGAUGUGUUACAGUGCUGCUGCUUAGAUUACUAAUACGGGAACUGAAACAUAUCCACAAAAGGGACCUGCUUGUUGGUUAUAACUUAAAAGGGAACAUGCAAGAUAUCUUAUCAAACACAGGUGUCAUUUUUUAAUGUUAGCACAAUAGGAAUGCAAACCAAUUCAGUGCAUCUAUUUGUUUUGAAGGGAUUUUUAGUUUCUAAGAGGUGGAAGUUUUGCAUUUUAUUGUUCUCUGUUGGCUCCAUUUGUAAUGUGAGUUUUAUUUUUACAUUCAUUUGAAAGACAAGCAUCUGAUGUUCAUCACUGUAUGUACAAUAUGUUUGGAUUCACUGGUGUGUUUACUAAUAACGAACCAAUAAAGAAAAAAGGACUGAACU